AGAACACUGCACUUUCAUUCUCUGGGUCGAGGCAGCUUCCAGUCCUCCAGAAUUUUUUGUGUUGGGUCAUUAUAUAAGGUGGUUGCCCGAGGAAUGCCUUCUUUACAACGGCGAAUCGCCCUGUGGUCGCCCGCCCUUUGGCCUCAUGCUGCAAUCGGAUCGGUUCUCGGUCGGGCGCCUACAUUGUUCUUGUUCUUUCUAGUGUUUUGGAGCGAUAAAGUUCUGGCGCAACAGACCAAUGUCACUUGUGAUAGUAGCUUUGAUUGGGCGUUGAAUAGUCAGGGACAUAACCCUUGUAAGGUUGCUUCGGAACUUCAGGCAGUAUGUUAUGGAGGGUGGACUGUAGACAGCCUUCCGGCAGGAUGGCAUUAUAUUGGCCCGGAACCGGACAAUCCAAGAAAUAAGCCGAACUACUGCACUUGCACCUCCAUUGUAUACCAACUAAUGUCGGCGUGUGGAGCAUGCCAAAACCUGACAUUUAUCUCGUACCCUGCUUGGACAAUUUACUGCACCAACAUCUCGACUGUUGAGGGCGAAUACAAUCCGAAAUUUAUCCCGUUCGGUGGUCUAGUGCCCAACUGGGCCUACAUCAAACCUUCCAGCUACGGCGGGUUAUUCAACAUAGAAAUUGCCAAGCUAGUUGGGGAUACACCCGAAAGUACGCAGUUGCUUACAUCGAGCACCACGUCAUCCGAGUCAAGCUCAAGUACGACGUCCUCUAUAUCUACCAUGACAUCGUCGAGCCAACAUUCGACCACUACCACAACAACGACUAAGGGAGGGGGCGGAGGCGGAAGCUCCAACACCGGUACAAUUGUAGGAGGUGUGGUUGGUGGUGUGGUUGGCCUCGGCCUGGUUGCAGUUCUUGCAAUAUGGGCCGUGGGGGGGUUGGGGUCAGGCACGGAUCCCAGUCAAUACGCCCCACCUUCCGGUGGCUCAUGGCGCAGAAACUCCACGAACCCCCCGAGUAUGGCUACCUCUCCGCAUCCUCCGUCUCAGGAAUUGCACCUUGUGUCGCCGAUCCAGCCCGAGCAUCACGGAUAUAGUGGUGUACCUGAAGUUUAAUUUUUUUCUAUAGUGCUGCAGCUCUGUGCAACGAGUACGUUUCGCAUCCCCCCGGUCUCUUGUCAUCUAUUAUCGUUCAGGAACAUCUCCACCGAUACUUCCUACCUAUCCACUCUACAUCCUUCCGUUGGGGGCACAUUUUUGAUGCUUAAUUUAACAUGUCAUUCUGUGCCCUGGAACCUCUCGACAUACCCAGCGCCACCAGCGCUCCCCCCCCCCCCCCCUGACAAGCCGGUUUUGACACCCGUACUAUGAGCUUACAAAUACGAAGUUCGGCUUGCGCGUGCCUUGGUCUGGGUGCUGUA